AAGGAUUAUUUGAAACCCUUCCUGGUCGGGUCCAGUGUGAAAUGUUACUGAAGGCCACGGAGCAGUGUUUUAACACAUUAGAAAGGGCAGAAAUGCUACUACUACUUCUGCGACGUUUCCCAGAGACUGUGGUGCAACACGGGGUGGGCCUUGGAGAAACUUUAUUAGAUGCCGAAAGUAUUGAAGACCAAGAAUCCCCAGUGAAUUGUUUUAGAAAAUUAUUUGUUUGUGACGUUCUUCCUCUAAUAAUUAACAACCCUGAUGUUCGACUUCCUGCCAGCUUGUUAUAUAAAUAUCUGAAUAAAGCAGCAGAAUUUUAUAUUAACUAUGUAACUAGAUCGACACAGACAGAAAGCCAAUAUCAAGGUUCACAAGAUUCCUCUGAUAUUAUGUCUCCAAGCAAGCGUAGCUCUCAGAAAUAUGUAAUUGAUGGUCUCACAGAGAAAUCAUCCCAGAUUACAGAUCCUUGGGAGAGGCUAUUUAAAAUAUUGUCUGUGGUGGGAAUGAGGUGUGAAUGGCAAAUGGAUAAGGGAAGAAGAAGUUUUGGUGAUAUUUUGCAUCGAAUGAAAGACCUCUGCAGAUACAUCAGUAACUUUGAUAGUGAUGCACAUGCUAAAUACAAGAAUCAAGUAGUGUAUUCUACGAUGUUGGUCUUCUUUAAAAAUGCAUUCCAGUAUGUCAGCAACAUCCAGCCAUCGCUCUUUCAAG